AUGUCGCAGUUCAUCUCUUUCCUACCUCCUCCCGGUCUGGCUCUGGCCAACUAUGACUCUGCCGCACUGCACACGACGCAGCCGCAAGACGUGCCAGAGACCUUCCGCGAUGCCAUGAGUGUUCGCGAAGACGUCUUUGUCAAAGAGCAAAACAUUGCCCUGGAGAACGAGGUCGACAUUGACGAUGCACGCAGCUUUCACUGGGUUGCCUACGCCUCUGUCGGUACGAGCAGCAGCGACGGCAACGCUGCCAUGGACGGCGUCGACAAGGACUCUGCAACCUCUGCUGAGAAGAGUGGUCGCAAGGGCAGUACCGCCGUGAGGUUGCCGGUCGGAACAAUCAGACUGGUGCCGCCACCUCAUCCUCCUCAUCCCGAGCCUGGCUCCAGUCACAAAAUCGACAAUCACGAAGGCCUGCCGCAGGACAUGCAAAGCGGACUGAGCAAGACUGAGAUGCACGACGGGAAAGAGGCAUACAUCAAGCUCGGUCGCUUGUCCGUUCUACAACCAUUCCGAGGACUCGGACUCGCUCGUCUUCUCAUCGACGCGGCCCUCACAUGGGCAUCUGGAAACGUGGACAAGAUCCUCCCGCCCGUGUCGCCUGCAGCAGCCGAGCAACGCAAGCUUGAGCUCGGAGGUGGAGCCGAAGUCGAAGACGUAUGGAGAGGUCUUGUGCUGGUACACGCACAGGCACACUUGGAGAAGUACUGGGCAUUGUUUGGCUUUGUCAAGGACGAGAGCAUGGGCACGUGGGAGGAGGAAAACAUCAUGCACGUUGGCAUGUGGAAGCGCGUGGAUCUGAGUGCAGAGUCACCGACAAUGAGGAAGAUGAGUGUGGUUAGCUAG